CGACUGAGCUGCAGCUCCGGCCGUGGCCCCCGCGCCGCUGCGUGCCCAGGGCGGACGCUCUGCGCUGUGUCGUCCCCCAGGCGCGGAGAGACGCCUCCUUCGCCCUCCCGGGCCAGGGCCUGCGCUACCUGGAGCACGUCUGCCUGAUGCUGGAGACGAUCGCCCAGCUGCAGCAGGCCAACCGGCAGCUCCAGCAGCAGCAGAAGGUGAUGGCGAGUCAGCCGUGGGGCCGGCCGGAGGAGAGCGCCGUGCCCGCUGAGGACAGGUCUUGCAGCGCUCCAGAAGAGCAGGAGCCGGCCCAGCCCAACCCGGCGCCUGGGAGCAGGGCGGAGGUGGAGAUGCAGGAGGAGGAUUUGCCUCUGGCAGCCUGGCGGCCCCAUCACUUCAGGGCGCGCUCGGCCUCCGACACGGGGAUGCUGCAGGACCUGACCAGGAGCUCAGAGAAUGAGCCAGCCUGCUCCCGGAAGACGGCAGGGCACUGCGUCAGCUCGCCCACCCUGCUGGAUCAGCCGGACUGGGGAGCCCAGACCCUCCCACCAAGCAGGAGACCCAGGAACGACCGCUCGCACUGGGGGAAAGUCAAAGUGCUGAUCAACCGGAUCACCAGGAAAUCUCUGCGGGCUCACGAGCCGCUGCCGUGCGGGGAGUCCGCCGUCGAGAGCAGACACUGUAGUCUGGAGGCCUCCCUGGAGAAACAAGGCUCCCAUCCCCGGAGAAACUUCCUGCCGGCGCUGGGGGUGAAGAAACACCGCUCGAAACCCCUCCCUGUGCGCUGAGCGCCCCGAGGCCACGGGAACCUCUCGGAGACGGGAAGGAUUUGCAGCGGCUGAGCCUUCCUUGCCACGAGCCGUCCACGCUCUCCCCCCGCUGCCUCCGGACGCUGGUUUGGAUUUCCUAGAGUCGUCUGCUUUGAUGGGGUUUCUGGCCCUUCGGUGGAAAGGGCAGGCAGCGGGGGAGGGAAGACGUGCUGUUCCUGUAGAGCUGUGCCGUUGAAGCUGUGGAUCAAGCCUACUUAGACACGAACACGGGGGUGCACGCUUUCUCCACAACCCCCCCUCGCGGGGAGCAUGCUUAGGAGGUACAGUUCUCCCUCGAGGCAGGUCUUCAUGGAAGCUGGCUUAGACCUAGCAGGCUCUGGUGUCUGUUUCCAGGUCCUUCCCCCCACAACCUGGCCCAGCAUGGCCCGCUGGGUGUGCUUGUCUGGUUCUGAAAGCUGGCCGCUUGCUGUGUGCGGGUGCAGAAGCCAGAAGGUGCUGCCACGGCACUGCUGACUCUCUCCCACCGCCCUCGUCCUCUCGUGCCUGCAGGCUGCUCUUGGUAUCGGGGUCAGAAUGGGGGUGAUGAGGAGCACUGACCAGUUCGCUGCUCUCCCGCAAACCUUAACUACGGGGCUGAGCUGCCUGCAGCCGGAAGUCUCCCCUCCUCCGAAGGUGACGUCCAAGCUUCCAUCCUGUUCCGACCCCUGCCCGGGCUGAGAUCCCUGCUCCGGGGCCUCCGCACAGCAGUGAGAAAUCCCUGCUAUUGUUGAAUGUGAACGAACUCAUCUGACCGCCAAGUGGACCACUCCUAGCACCUGGUCAUUUUGUAAAUGCACCCAUGUAUCUGUACGUAACGUAUUUAUACGGCCUGAGGGAGAGAAGUGCUGAUGGAGGCUGAAGGAUUCUUAGACACUUAACAAAAAUAAAUUACCACUGAGUUUUGCAUCUUGA